AUCAAUUGAGAAUUUUAUACCCUACAGCUAUCAUAUAAAAUGGAAUCAAAUAACAACUUUGAAGAUUGUAUUCCUGGCUUUCAAAUUAUGUGCCUUACACCUGAAGAAGAUGAAUACCAAUACGAUGAUGACUGUGAACAACAAGACGUAUGCUGGUUAGAUGACUGUGAAUGCCAAGAGAACCUUGCUACUAUCUUGCCUUUGAUCCCUGAAGCAUGUGUUGUCGAUAAAGACAACCAUAUCCAGAAUGUGGAUGGUACCCAUAUGUUCUUUGAAGAAUUAGGCUAUUUCACAGAAGAACCUGAGCCCAUUGAUCCAACACGGGAUUAUGAAGCAGAAGCACAACAAUUGAUUGAAGAACGAAAUAAGACAAGAAAACAACAUAUUGAUUUGUCUCCCAUGCCAUCACUGGAUAAUACAGACUCUAGUGUCUCAUCUACGUCUUCUUCAUUUCAUGAACAUCCUACACUUACUCAGAUUCGUUCACCAUUAAAUCAACAGCAACAACAACAACAACAACAACAACAAAAGAUGGCAAACUCUUAUGUUUAUGCACACUGUGUUUCUGCAAACCCAUUGUAA